AUGGCGAGCAAGGCGACGGCGGCGACGUCCUGGCGGUGGCGGCUGCUGCUGCUGCUGCUGGUGGCGGUGGCGGCGCUGUGCUGGAUCCCGCCGGCGAUCGCGAUGGCGGCGGCGGCGUCGACGGCCAAGAAGGGGGCGCGGAGGUCGCUGCUGGGGUUCGUGGAGGCGCAGGGCAACUCCUCCUACCGGUGCAGCCCCUCCGGCCCCUGCAUCCCCUGCCAGUACUCCGAGAAGAAUGAUGAGAAGUACUGCUGCAGCGAAACUGGCUACCGUUUGCCUUUGAAAUGUGUACAAGUACAAAAUGGUACAAAAGAAGAGAACAAACCAAAGGAAAGAAAGAUGUUGGCUGAGACGUCCACGUCAGGUGGCCCAAAACAUUAUGUUACUUACAGGAGUUGUGUACCAUUGGAGGAUGAAGAGAAACUAUCUAUUCUUGGUUUCGAGGUCCUUAUGGCUGGAAUGUUGCUGGUAAGUGGGCCGUUUGUGUAUUACCGGAAAAGGCAAGCAAAUCUAAUGCAAGGGGUUUCAAGAAUCCCGACGAACCCUCCUAGGUUUUAGCACGUACCAGUUAAAGGGAUUCGACCAGUCGCUCGUGAUGAUUCGUCGUGCCAUUUUGGUUUUGCUGUUUUCCCCUUUUGCCAUUGUAAUGUAUCUACACAUGUAUCUACAGGAGUAGAAAACACAGUGGCUAGCCUUCCUUCAUUGUGCCUUGGGUUGAAUUCUUGAAACAAAUCUCUUGUAUCAUACUUACUAUGUAACAAAUUGUGCCCUUUCUUUAUCAAACCAGCAGAUUUCCUUGA